AUGUUGCGGCGGUUGGUGGCCACGUUCAUUUUGACGAUGGCUGUAUGCUGCAGCGCCGCCCAGGAAGAGGCGGCUCUUGUCUCCCGAAUUGCCUUCGGAUCCUGUGCCAACCAAAGCGCUCCCCAGCCUAUAUGGGAUGCUAUUAUAAACUUCAAACCCCAAGUUUUUGUGUGGUUGGGUGACAACAUCUAUGGGGAUCUUCGACAUCCCUUCAAGAUCUUCGGCAAGGAAAGGACAAUUGGGCCGUGGAAAAAUGUUCCCAGGUUUACCCCAACCUCGGAGCAUGAAAUGAGGCACAAAUAUCAGAUUGCCAGGGCUAAUCCUGGUUAUUCUCGUCUUCUAGAAAGCACGAAGGUUGUCGGCACUUGGGAUGACCACGAUUAUGGGUUAAAUGAUGCAGGGAAAGAGUUCCCCAGAAAGGUCACGAACCAAAGGCUUAUGUUGGAUUUUCUGGAUGAACCACAGGACAGUCCAAGGCGCAAGCAAGCUGGGGUUUAUGCGUCCUACACAUUUGGCCCUGUGGGUAAACAAAUAAAGGUUAUUCUUCUAGAUACACGAUAUCAUAGAGACCCGAUAGCUAGUGAUGGAAGUAUCUUGGGGAGUUCACAAUGGCAAUGGUUGGAGGAGGAGUUGAAUGCACCUCCUACGGCCAUUACUGUUAUUGGAUCUUCUAUUCAGGUCAUUUCAAACCUCUCGGCAACAACUGGACCCUUACUCCAGGUUGAGUCCUGGGGACGUUUUCCUAAGGAAAGGACUCGUCUUUUUAAGUUGUUAGGUGACAGUAAGAGGGAAGCUGUGUUCUUCAUAAGUGGUGAUGUUCAUUUUGGAGAAAUUAGUCGAUAUGGUUGUGCCACUGAAUAUCCAAUUUAUGAUGUAACCUCUAGUGGGCUCAAUCAAGCUGUGGAGAAGGCUGUUCCUGCACCUCUGCAUUUUGUAGUGAGAUUUUUGGCUUGGUUAACACCAACUACAAUGAGGGUGAUGGACAAAAGCUGCAGAUACAGUUCAUGCACAUAUGGGAGGCCGAAUUUUGGCACCAUCGAGAUUAAUUGGAAUACAAAUCCUCCAGAAUUGAAACUUGAAGUGCACGAUGAAAAUGGAUUGCCCGUCACUGGUGUGAAUAUCUCAUUGUCACAACUCCAGUUCCCAAAGAAGGAAUCUGAAGUAAAAAGGAAUGAUGGGAAGUAUAAGAAGCAGUGUUCCCUUGAAGUUGAUCUACCAUGGAUUGUUAGAUAUCGAAUAACUAUCCUUUUUUUUGCUGCUGCAGCUGUGCUGCUUCUUGCUCUGUCGGGGCUUGUUUAUGCUGUUAUAUUAUUCUGCACGCACUGCCUCCACAAACACAAGCUUGAUUGA